CCUGAGAGCUAAAUAAGGGAAUCUUGUCAGGUUUGACAGGGUCACGCACCCCGCCCCUUCCCGCCGAAGGAAAGUUCUUGGCGCUUACGGGUAGAAAAUCACAUUCCAUGGGUACCCCUUGAUUUUCUCUUUCAGGUGGUACUGCAACAGGAAUGACGGUGAACACACCUCUCUGCUUUAGAGGAAAGAAAAUCCUGGCUCCAAUGGUACGAGUGGGAACAUUACCCAUGCGUCUUCUUGCUCUGGACUAUGGUGCUGAUAUCGUGUACUGUGAGGAGCUGAUUGACAUAAAGAUGAUGCAGUGUAAGAGGGUUAUAAAUGAAGUACUUGAAACAGUGGACUUCGUUGCACCUAAUGAAAGAGUUGUUUUCAGAACUUGUGAAAGGGAGAGGCACCAUGUUGUCUUUCAGAUGGGUGGUAUGGGAGCAGCACUGCUAUCCGAUCCUGACAAAAUAGAGUCUAUACUGACUACCCUUGUUAAAGGGAUUUGUAAACCAGUAACCUGCAAAAUCCGUAUUUUGCCCUCAGUUGAGGAUACUGUGAAUCUGGUAAAGAGAAUAGAAAAAACUGGUAUUGCUGCCAUUGCAGUCCAUGGAAGGAAGAAGGAGGAGAGGCCUCAGCACCCUGUCCACUGUGAUGUGAUCAAAGCCAUAUCUGAAGCAGUCUCCAUUCCAGUAAUAGCAAAUGGAGGAUCUCAUGACUUCAUCAAAGAAUAUACGGACAUUGAGACCUUCCGGAAAGCAACAGCUGCCUCAUCAGUAAUGAUAGCUCGUGCCGCCAUGUGGAACCCAUCUAUCUUCAGAAAAGAGGGUCUUUUCCCCUUGAAGGAAGUCAUGCAAGAUUACAUCAAAUAUGCAGUGAGAUAUGAUAAUCACUAUACCAACACAAAAUACUGUUUGUGUCAGAUGUUAAGAGAACAGUUGGAAACUACUCAGGGUAAGAAGCUGCAUGCUGCACAGUCCACACAGGAGAUCUGUGAAGUCUUUGAAAUGGCUGACUUCUAUGAAGAAACAACAGCUGGUUUUGAAACAAAGAAAACAUCUUUAGAAACUGACACACAAGAUGAAGAUGACCAAAUGGAAGAUCCAGAUGUAAUAAAAAUGGCUGUUAGAUUUGACAAGCGAGAAUAUCCACCACAGAUUACUCCAAAAAUGUAUCUUCUGGAAUGGUGUAGGAAAGAAAAGCAUCCUCAGCCUGUUUAUGAAACUGUUCAAAGGCCACUGGAUAGAUUAUUCUGUUCAGUAGUGACAGUAGCUGAGCAAAAAUACAGAUCAACUCUGUGGGACAAGUCAAAGAAACUAGCAGAACAGGCUGCAGCUAUUGUCUGUCUGAGAACAUUGGGUGUUCCAGAGGGAAAGCAGAGUGAGGGAGAAAAUCACCUGAUUAACAAACGCAAGAGGGAAGACCAGGAGCGCUUGAAUAACAGAGACCAUGGAGAAGAUCUUGCUGAGCCUUCCCAUAAAAAAGCUAAUUUUAUUGAAGAAACUUCUGACAUGAAUGUGCCUCAGAUGCCACGAUAGCAUGGAAAUUAGAGGGUUUGUGCCUAUGCAGCUACAAAUUAGCUCCUAUUUGUAUAUCUUGCUGUUCACGUUUCAUUCAGAUCCUCUUGGAGGCAGAUAAAUUCCCCAGUUGUUAAAAAUGCCAAUGAGAUGUUUACUGUUCACCACUCACUGUCCCUAUGGUGCCUUUCAGACAGGGUAAAUUAGUAACUUGAUUUUAAAGAACAUUGAGCAGCUUAUACUAAACAAUAAAUUUUUUAAAAUAUCAGAUAUUUUCAAAGCAAUUUUGUCACUGGUUUUAUUACUUGUUUUUUAUUUUUAAGAAGUCUACAGUGUGCUGGUAAAAGACAUAUGAAUAAUCAUUCAUAAGCAGGUGGAUUCAUCAUGGAACUAUGUAGUUAAUCAGAAAAUUUAAUGUAGGAAAAUAUUAGUAGCUAAGUAGACAUGGCUUUGUCACAUGCAUUUUAUGCAUGUCUUGCAAGCUUUAUUUACAACCGUCAUAUAUCAAAAAGAAGUUUUUUGCAGAGAGGACUUAGAAAUUAAAACACUAAGCAUGAAAAUAACAUUCUUCUUUCAUAAUUUCUACUACAUUUUACCCUCCAGAAAUAGGACAAUAACAAUUAACCAUCCUUUCCUGGUCUUAGGUAUUACAGUUGUGCCUUUCCAAUAAAGAGUUGGAGCCAAGCCUGGUAGCCAUGUAUUUGUUGAAUGAAUGCACUCUAAGCUGUUUUCUUCUUUUGAGCUUGGAAGAUCUAGUAAAUGUCUACAUGUAUGUUGCUUGCAAUAGUGGGCAUCCAAAUAUGGCCUUAUGUGUUUGUUCUUGAAAUGAGACCUAGUUUGCCUCAGUAUUUAGCUGUGAGCAGUACUGGUGGUCUUAAUCAAAGGCACAUGUUUUCUUCUUUGUUUGCCAUCAUCAUAACUUCCUAUUAAAGUAAGCUAUAAAUACAUGCUGUAUGUGGAAAGAAGAUACAGACCCAGUCUGAUUUCAUGGUAAUCCAGAUGAGCUUGUCUGAUUUAAAUUAGAAUUUUGAAUCCCCCAAAAAUGACUUCAUGGAUUAAGAAAAUUGAGGGAUUUAAGUUACUAAGAGUUUAUUGAAAUGGUGGUUUAGUUUCCCUCAACAGAGUGAGAUACUUCAGAUUAUUAGUUCUGGUCUGAAAACGAAAUGACAGGGACAUCAUGUUUUUCCUCAAGUGAUAGUAUUCUUUUACAAUGGAAGAACAAUAUCUCACCAGAUAAUAUUCAAACUUGUGAAAUUAAACGUAUGUGUGUUCAUAUUUAAAAUGUCGCUGUUUACAUCAGAGUAAUUUAUAGAACAUCUAUACAGUCUAAAAAGAAGAAAGUUUUGCUUACUCAUUUUGUAUAUUGCAGUAAAUGCAGUUACUUAUGAUUACUUACAUUUAUUAUAACUUUAGGAGUGAAAUUCUAGCACUAAGCAGCAAAAGAAUUCGCAGUAUUAAUCACAAAGUUCAGAAGUAGACAUUUUCCUAUUGUGAGUGCUAUUUGGGGUAUCUUGUUUUUUGUCAGGACUACUUGGAGCCAUCAUAGAAUAAUAGAGAUAAAUGUCAUUCUUGGGUCCUGAUAGCAGUCUGGCGUGCCAGGUCUAAUAUCAUAGAAUGUUUGAGCUUGGAAGGGACCUCUGGAGAUCAUCUGGUCCAACCCCUCUACUCAAAGCAGGGUCAACUAGAAUGAGUUUCCCAGGACUGUGUCUAGUUGGGUUUCUUGUAUCUCCUGGAACUGAGACCUUUCUUGGCAACCUGUUCCAGCAUUGGAUCACCCUUAUGGUGGAAAAAAAGUGGUUUUAAAGUGUUUGGGUUUUCUUCUUGUGUCUGCAUGGAAUAGCCUGUAUUUCAAUUUGUGCCCAUUGUCUUUUGUCUUGCCACUUAGAAGAAUCUGGCUUCUUUUCUUGUCAUCAUUGUCUGUCUAAAAUUAAAAUUGAAUGUUUGGAUAAACCCCAGUUGCUAGCGGUGGUGGUACCUAAAUACAGUGUGGACUUGUGUGGCAGCAAUUACUAUGGGUUGGUGGAAAUUACGUUGGAUUGUGACUAAUUUAUAGAUAAACCAACCAAGGGGAGCACAUAACUUCUGUCUUGACUCAUAGAAAAGCCCAAAGAAAAAUCACUCAGGAGAAAGUCUGCCACAGCUGAUACGGACCUCUUUCAGAAAAGGGAUAGGAUCAUUCAGUAUAGGAGCCGAGGCCUUUGUAACAGUAUUUUUUCUUUUUUCCUGUUCUGUUGUUCUUCUGAUAUUUUGUCACACAAUAUGAAUGUGCAUCCUUCCUACCUCCUUAGUGAGGUGUAGCCUAUGUAGACUUUUCACACUGUUUCCUUCCAGAAAUUGACUUAAAAUGCAAUUCAGAGCACAUGUUUAUGGUGAGAGAUAGGUGACUCCAGUGGCAGUUGAGAAUGCUCAGCUGUUCAACAUAAAACCAAAUUUUACACAGACUUCUGCAUCAUCUUGUCAAAAAUUCACAUGGAACUAUAGCUGAAGAUAGAUGCCUAAGCAAAGGUUGUAUGAAUACCCUAGCACGUAGAUACUUUACUAGUCAUCUUAUGUUACAGAAUAUGUGCCUUGGCUUGGUUGAUGGAGAGAAUUGGAUAAUACUGGACAUAUAGCUUGCUCUGGGCUGAAACAAAUACUGUGUUAAUGCCAGCCUGUAAGUAUAGGUAUUGUAUUUAUAUUAAAUCAAAUGGGUGCUAAAAGUUGAGAGGUGUGUUUGUUUUCUAUUAAGUGCAUGUUUUCAAAUCCUUACUUAAAUUACUAUGUGGUCACCAAUGCUUACACUUACUCCUCGUAAUUUAUUGUAAUACUUGUAUACAUCAAUGAGGUUGUCUGUGCUGUAGUUAUGGAUGGCCAUAGCUAGGCCAAACAGAGCAUGUGAAAAUGAGAAUGAGGAGUCAUUCUGUUGGAAUGAACAUUCAGUGCUAAAUAUAGAAGGGCUGUAAAUUGUGGCGAAUGGCUAGAAAGCAUAACGUUUGACACCCUUGAUCAGUUUCAAAAAGAAGUAAAGAAAAGCUGCAAUUGUAUAUAUGUGUGUGUAUGUGUCAGAAUGUUUUGGCUUAAUGACUUUGUUAUGUGAUUGCAGUUGUGUUAACUCUAUUACAGCUAACGUGUGACUUAUUAUCCUGCUUUGAUCAGUCAGUUAAUCCCAACCAGUUCUACUGAUAGGAUAGUUAACGUUUGCCAUGUAUGUUCCCUUCUUAGCACUGGUUUUAAAGUAAUUACUUCAGUGACCAGUGCUUUUCUUCUAGCAAUUGUUCUAUUCACACUAAUUUUAAAGAGCAAACUGCAGUGGUGACUCGUCUGCAUGAGAUUCUCCUGUGCUUCUCUUUUCUGCUGUACCUUUCAUAAACAGAAGGUGGCAGAUUUUUUAAAUUUUUAAAUUUUUUUCAGGAAAAUGCGCUGACUUCUGCAGUAUGUAAUGGUCCAGCCAUUGCACUUCUGCAUUCUUUCAUACGGUGGCAAUUGAGACCGCAGUUAGGUUGGAGGAUAUUUAACCUUACUCUUCAGAAAACUUUAUUUUUUUUUUUUAAUUUCAAUGUGGUGUAAAUACGAUACUUGGUCAAUACUCACCAAAGCUGCACUCUAUUUUAAGUGUUUGCUUAGUAAAAAUGCUUCACUAUUAAUCCUAUGGAAUUCAGUGAAGCAACUGUUUUUUUUUCUAUCACAAGGCUACAGCAAGCAAACAAAAAAGUAGUUGUUUUGUUGCUUGGUACUGAUGCUGCAGAAACUUUUCCUAACGAUACCUGCCAAAGUGUGAUCCACAGUAUGGGGAGUACUGUAACUCGUCCUCCCUGUAGCCUGCAUGUAGCCUGCUUAUUAGAAAUGGGAAUGCAAAGAUAUUUUUACUAGCCUUUUAGCAUCGAUGCGCUUGCUGUGGGGCUACCUCUGGGGUCUUGCUGGUUGGAAUGCUUUUUGGAAUGUCCCAGGCUCUGAGCCCAACCCCGCCCUGGAAUGUGAGGUUAAAUGUUGGUGGUACAAAUACAGAGUUUGAAUAUCAAAAUCCUAGAGUUCCCCAGUACUGCAAUUUCAGAAAGCUGGCAAGUGAACCACAUGUCAGCUCAGCUGCUCUCUGAUUCAAAGAGUAAGCAUGCCUUGGGUUGCUGGGGGAGGAGGGGGAGUUAGGAUGUUUUUUGUUUUGGUUUGGUUUUUACUUACCCGUUAGGACCUGCAGAAGGGCAUGCUUUUCAAAGACGUUAACUGACAAGAUAGCAAGAGGUCCCAAACAGGUGUUAGCUAGAAGUCUUCAUUCACAAAAGCAUUUUAUUGCCACUUCUUUAAUCAAACCUACAAGCUCAAUAUAUGUGAGAGCUGUUGCCGUAAUAAACAGGAGUUUACUUUUGUUCGGGCUGUAAGUCAAGAAGCUAUGUUGAUGAGAUGGCCUGUAAGGCUUAAGUUUCCGUCUGUACCACGGUGCAGGAGGCUGAUGUUUGAGGCUUUUAAUCAGAGUUUCUGAUGACAAAGCUGAUGAAAAACAUUAAAAGCAAGAUGCAAAGCCUUUGGUGAGGAGGGAGUGCCUCAUGUAUUGUUAAACAGCAGUUGCCUAGGUCAGUUAAGGAGAAGAAUUGAUGAGCUCCAUAGGGAGUCUAGUCCAGUCAUCCUUACUCAAAGGAGUAUUAACCUCAGUGGUUUUAUGAGAGGAGGCUUAAAAAAUAGACAACAUUUGUGGUGUUCACUUAGCUCUCAAAUGAAACUGUGUUGUAGGAGUUAAUGUGAAUCUGCCUGUUAAAUAUCUAUUAGAUAAAUAAAGAAAUACUUUUCCCUUGCCCUGGCAUGGUGGGAGAGUCUCUGUUUUCCAUUUUUAGAAAGUUAUUGUCUGAGAGGGAUCCUCUUGUGAGAGUUUACAAAGCACUGUA